AGACAUUUAAACUUGGACGGAUCAUCAUGAUUUAUAAUGAAACCAAAACGAAAGUGCUUUAUCGAUAGACAACGAAAAGAUAGAGAUAAUCGGAAAGGGGGCGACGAAAGACAUAAAACGAAAAGUUUGGAGUUUUGGCCCACUAUUCGAUAUGAUUUUAAUCCAAUUUAGUAGACUUCGUUACUGACCCUUCCCAGUACACGCCAUUGGUGUGCACACGACAAACCACAUCUUUUUUUUUCACCGUUACUACAGAAGCAUGCCUAGCUUCUCUCUUUCUGUUUGCUCAUCACUCGUUUUUUCCCCGCCAACAACGCCGCCUUUUUAUGGGGGAGCUGGCGACACUCUUACUUUCGGGUCAAUUCAUGCAUGCGGAUGAGGAGCCGCAUGUCUCAUAUGGCACCAUACACCGGUUUAUUUUUUCCUGCGUUUGUUCAUUUUCGGGGGAACUUCCGAUGAUGGACGAUGGGGCACAAUGACGACCAUCACAACGUACCACGACGUCGGAGAGCGAAGUUGGAGAAAUGAAUAAGGUUUUGGUCCGUCGGUAGGGUCCGAUUAGUUCAAGUUCAAUAGUUGGCUGAUCGGCGUGUGCACGCUUCUCCCUACCAGUAUGACAUCGAGGGGAAAUCUAGUGUUGAUUGUGGCGUUCCUGGCGGUCGGAAGUUAUUUCCUUGAAGUGGUUCCGGUCACAUCCGGUGGUUUAUUUCAAACGUAUGGCGAACGAUGGACCAAUCGCUUGGAAAACGAAGCUCGAGAAAAUGAGGUGGUUGUGCGAAAUGGGAAUGAUUCCGACAUAGGAGUGCAGGAAAAUGGAGACUGGAAGGCGCCUUCCACGAAUCAAGGCUGGUGGACGUGGUUGACUAAUGUAUUCCGGUUGCCGAUUGUCAGCGUAUUUGCGUAUCGAGCGGAGCCAACGAAUUGCCCCGUUUGUUCUUGCGGCAUAAACAACAACAAUUCUCGCAUAGUCGGUGGCACCAAAGCCAAGGAGGGCAAAUAUCCCUGGAUGGUUGCCCUGUACUAUAACAACCGAUUCAUAUGCGGAGGAACGCUGAUUAACGAUCGCUACGUCCUAACGGCAGCCCAUUGUGUUUUCAACACCGACCGUAGUCUGUUCUCGGUGAAGUUCCUCCUGUAUGAUCGUGGACGCCCUGCACCGGAAUCGUUCGAAAGACGGGUUUCGUAUAUUAUGACCAAUUGGUUCGUCAAUGCGGUGGUGUUCAUCAUGAACGAUUUAGCCUUGCUCAAGCUAAACGAAACGGUUCCGAUCACUGAUCACCUGUAUCCGGUUUGUAUGCCUGUGGAGGGUGAGACCUACGCUGGAUUCGAUGGUAUCAUCACCGGUUGGGGAAAGCUAGGGAACUUCACAUUCCCCAGAACGCUACAGGAAGUAACCGUCCCGAUCCUGUCCAGCGAAGAGUGUCGGAAUCAAAGCGAAUACUAUAAGUUCCAAAUCAACGAUCGAGUACUUUGCGCGGGGCUUCCCGAGGGUGGUAAGGAUUCUUGUCAAGGCGACAGCGGGGGACCCAUGCACAUCACAGAUCCCAUCACGGACAAGUACAUCCUGGCAGGUGUGGUGUCCUACGGCUACGGAUGUGCAAAGCCCAAAUAUCCGGGGAUAUACGCGAGGGUAAACAGAUUUCUGUCGUGGAUCAAUUUCAAUACCCGAGACGCGUGCUGGUGUAGUUGACCGAUUAUAAUUUGAAUAAAUAAGCAUUUGAA